CUCCUAACCUCUAAAAGCGUUUUCGCCAACCGUUCUCUGUGACAACCGAACCAAGCAGCGGCUGCGUCCUCCUGCUCUCAUCCGUGUGACGUUGUCUUCGAUUCGAUAUUCACGCGGCGUUCGCGCGUUCGUUCACUUCACUUGCCGCGUAGUGCGUGCGCGGAAAUCAUCGAUAUCUGUUUUUCCAAGUGACACACCAUCACCGAUUGCCGGUAUAAUAUUCGCGGGCGUCGCAACGGAUCGUGAAACAAAAGAGAUAAGGAAAUAUAUUCUAACCUGUGCCUCUCGUUUGUGUGCUUUGUGCCAAGGAUAUUCACGUGUGUGUACGAUUAUUACAACAUCGCCGAUCUUUCUCAGGGAGCACUACGUUUUUUCCUUUGGAUACGAUCUUCCUUCGCCUGUGGACCACGUCCUACCGUUCCCACGGUAGGUCUAGUAAGCAAUAAAUUGAUUUGUGUUCUGUGCACGAAGGGAAAGUACGUGCGAAGAUUCUAGACAGUAUGAUGAUGGCAAACAUAUCCCCCGUUAUGCUGCCACCCCUUACCGACUAUGGGAUGCUGACUCCUACCCUCGGAAUAAAGGUAAGAUUUCUGGCUUCUUUGGCUCCGUUUCCUUUGGCACGCGAGCAGCUUGGUAAGCUCAAAGUACCUACACUUAACAAUUUUUCGAUCACCGAUCACUCCCAGUCUCGUUCAACCCUUCCACCGGUGAGUGUCCCGGAAUUCCAGUACGCUCGAGGGGCGGGCGCGUCCCUGAUGAUGAGGGGUAGCGACGAGCUUUUGUCGCAAAGCGGAGCAGUUAGCAAUGGUGCUGCAAUGAGUCCACAACCACAUCACGCGGCCGAUAACAACAAUGACGCCAAGAAGGUUAAACUCGACAAGAGCCACAACGGCAAACUUUCGAGGGUUAUCCACAUCAGAAACAUCCCCAACGAAGUAUCGGAGGGUGAAAUCAUCCAUCUUGGCAUCCCCUUCGGCCGUGUCACAAACGUCCUCGUUCUCAAAGGGAAAAAUCAGGCGUUCCUGGAAAUGGCGGAUGAAAAUGCUGCAGCGACGAUGGUAAAUUAUUAUGCCUCGUGCAUGGCCCAGCUCCGUGGCAGAGCGGUCUACGUUCAAUUCAGUAACCAUCGUGAACUCAAAACGGAUCAAACGCACACCAACAAUGCGAACUCGAACAACCAAGUCGCGCUUCCUGGACAGAAUCAGGUGGCUCAGACACAAGCAGAGACCCAAGGGGGGCCCAAUACCGUUCUCAGAGUCAUCGUCGAGCAGAUGGUUUACCCAAUUUCCUUAGACGUACUCUAUCAGAUAUUCACACGUUUUGGCAAGGUCCUGAAAAUCGUCACUUUCACGAAGAACAAUACUUUCCAGGCACUAAUACAAUACGCCGACAUGCUGUCAGCGCAAACCGCCAAACUCUCGCUGGAAGGUCAAAACAUAUAUAAUUCCUGUUGCACGUUGCGCAUCGACUACAGCAAGAUGCAGAACUUGAACGUGAAGUACAACAACGACAAGUCGAGGGACUAUACCAACCCGUCUUUGCCAACUGGAGACGCGAAUUUGGACGCGGCAUCUCUUGCCUUGGGCGGCGAACUUCUUCCACAGUUGUUGAUGGGCGCUGGAUCGCAGCCUCGCGCAAGAAUACCCGUAGAGUCCAUUGCAGGGGCACCGGGUGUGCUGCCCACGCCCUUUGCGGCCAUGCACGGUCUACCCUCGCCCUUAGCAGGCCCGUACAACGGGGUUCCACCUGCCGGCGGAUUGGCUGGCCUCGGUGGGUUCCCUUUGGGUGCAGCUGGCCUUGGGGUGCGCGUCCCCACUAAUGCGCAAACCUCCGCUGUCCUGCUCGUCAGUAAUCUCAACGAAGAGAUGGUCACGCCUGACGCUCUCUUUACCCUGUUUGGCGUUUACGGGGAUGUACAGCGUGUGAAGAUUCUCUACAACAAGAAGGACUCGGCACUGAUUCAGAUGGCCGAACCGCAUCAGGCGCACUUAGCACUGACGCACAUGGACAAAUUGCGAGUAUUUGGCAAGCAGAUCAAGGUAAUGCUCAGCAAGCAUCAGACGGUUCAGUUACCGAAGGAGGGCCAACCAGACGCUGGAUUGACGAAAGAUUACACCAAUAGUCCUCUUCAUCGGUUCAAGAAACCAGGCUCGAAGAAUUAUCAGAACAUUUAUCCACCAAGUUCCACUCUGCAUUUAUCAAAUAUUCCUACAACUGUGACCGAAGAGGAGAUCAGGGAUGCAUUCACCAAAAAUGGCUUCACCGUGAAGGCAUUCAAGUUCUUCCCGAAAGACAGAAAGAUGGCGCUUAUACAGAUGCCAAGCAUGGACGAUGCUGUAGCUGCUUUGAUCAAAAUGCACAAUUACCAGUUAAGCGAGUCCAAUCACCUCAGAGUGUCAUUCUCGAAGAGCAACAUCUAACAAGAAUCACAAUUAAGCAACCUGCAGAAACCGCGAUCAAUGAGAAGGGGACCCAAGGUGAUCCAAAAUUUUAAGUGAAACUCCCAAUGUUAAAAGCGUUGAAAAAAACCUGUUAAAAACCAAAAACCUGUGCGGACCAAGGAAAUUCGGGGUCUGGUUCGAGCCACGCAGUAGACAAGGCUUUAGUGUCUACAGAGGUUAUUAGGAGUAAAUAAUUAAAACAAGGGACACGAUGCUACGUAUUGCUCGGAAGAAGGCCUUUGAAAUGGAAUGCGGGUUUCAUUGGUUAUCUUCUCAUAGACCAAAUACAAUCAUAAAAAUAGGGAUACGUAUUGGGCCAAAAAAGUCUGACACCUUACUUCUACUUACAAAUAAGAUCUUAUAGCAUUGCGUUUAUAGGGGCGAGGAAAGGUAAACAAAAUGGCACUUCCUUUUAUCUCCAAAAGACUUUUUCCCGGCAACACGUGGUAUCUGUACUUUCACAUAAUUGCAAACACCCACGCAAACACGGACAAACCAUCGCACACUAUGUUAUACACCCUGCAUUACAUCUUCAAACAUCCUCAAACACACUGAAACACACUCAAGCAAACUUCAAUAUAAUACAUAAUAUAUAUAUUUGAUAUAUCGCAAUGUAACAGGUGUGUCCAAAAGUGCGCAGCGGCUACAUCCCAAUAAUCUAUAUUUUAUUAAUAACUGAUAAGGACUUAGGAUUAUCGACGUUAACGGUUUAUGGUAAUCGAGAGCUAGCAGAGAGAGAAAAAAAAAAAAUUAAUCUAUUACGAAUCUUACGUCGUGACACACGCGGUACAUAUACAUAUAUAUAUAUAUAAAUAUUAUAUAAAUUAGAGACACGAUGAUCUGAGCACGACGAACCGAAAGAACGAAAGAGAAAGAGAGAUAGAGAACUCGUGAACACGAGAGAGACAGAGUGAAUGGAAGCGAGCGAAUGAGCACAAUCCAGGGAAUAUCCGAGAGAUAAGUAUGAUGAUAAUAUGUAUGUGUGUAAUCCUCCUGUUGAAAGUUCAGGAUCAACGUAGUACGGUGGUUUGUAUGCCUAAUCGGGGCCUUAGGCGUCGUUCACACCAGAAUUCAAGGGAACCAGCUGUUUGUUCGAUUAUUCUUCGCCCAUAAAAGAAAAAAAAAGGAGAGAAUGAUAGGGGAAGAAAGGGACGAUAUUUCACGCUAUUCGAGCAAGCUUUUCUCCACGAUGGCUGUUACACGAAUUAAAUAAAUGACGAUGAAAAGAGGAUCACUAUAACCAAUUUAGCAAAGAAGAAAUAGAGAAUCGUUGAAGAGACGUUGGACCGAUUCGAAAGUAUGUUUAUCUCGAGUGAUCUUCUUCUGCAUCUCUUCUCCUCUUCUAUGAUUUUUAAAAAAAAAUUUCUCUGUCGACAACAUAUCAUUGUGCUUUUCCUUCGAAAAGACACACAUCGUGCUUUGGGCAUCGAUCCAACGUUUUCUCUUUUUUUUUUCUUUUUUUUUUUUUUUUUUUUUUUUUUUUUUUUUUUUUUUCUCUCUCGUUUUCCAAGAGGUAUAGUGAUGCCUCGAAUUAGAUUUCGAUCAGGAUAGCGAUUUGGUGUGCCUGUUGAGUGAUUCUGUAAUCUUCUUGCCUGCUUUUCUCUUCCACGGUCGCUGUAAUUGACGUUAAAAAGGCUCGUCAGGGAAGAAACGUGAUAGAAUAUCGGUUUUCCGGACAAAAAUAUCGGUUAACCGGGCUUCUAUCUAUCCGGUUAUAUCGUUAAUUGGUCGUUACGAUCGUAACGUCGAAUAAUAAUAAUUGCCAAAACGCGACGAAAAAGAAAAAGAAAGAUAAAAAUAGAAAAACAAAAAAAAAAAAGAGAGAGAGAAGAAUAUUAAAGAGCGCAUGAAAGUAGCACACAGCUGUAGGGAAGAGAAAGCGGAAAACUGAGCCUAAUUAAUUAAAACGCGAAGAGUUUCUCGACGACCCCAUCGAAUUUCGAAAAAAAAGAAAAAAAAAAAAAAGAA